AGACAAGAAAAGUAGAGGGGCACUGAUGUGACGGAAUCGCUAUGCAGCUGGAAUGGUAAUAUUUGAUUCACAAUGAGCCAUUCAAUGGAGUCUGCAACUCAGAUCCUAAAGUGGACCAAGGAAGAAGUUCAUCAGUGGUUGACGACGCAGGUUAACAUUCACCAUAUAUAUGCAGACAAGUUGCUAGAAGAGGAGGUAUCAGGGGAAGACCUAGAAUACUUCCAAAAGAAGGAUCUUCUGGAUCUGAACAUAAAACAUGGUCCGGCUGUGAAAAUUGUGUCAAUGCUUGAGGAUUUGAAGAGUGGAUUACAGCAUAAAUCACGAUUUCCUGCAUACAUCAAGAAAUGGACACCAGAACAAGUUUGUCAGUGGUUAAGGCAAGAGGUGAAGGUAUACCACCAAUAUGUAGAGCGGAUUUUGGAAGAGGAAGUGUCAGGCAAUUGCCUGUUUUGCUUCAAAAAGAAUGAUCUUGUGGAACUAGGCAUUAAACAUGGUCCUGCUGUUAAAAUAAUUGGCAUGCUAGAAAAGUUAAACAAUGGACCAGAGCCUAUAUUACAACCCCCCACACACAUCAACGGUGACCAAGAAAAUCUACAGAAACCACCUGAGAAUCAAGAACUAUGUCAAACUCUACCGGUUCAGACUGUAUCCCCCAUGAAGAGAGAACCAAACAUAGAAGAGCUCAAAAUAGUGGAACCAUCAGGGAAAACGGUUACACGAAAGAAGGAAGAACCAAAACCACAGGCCAUGGUUGCAGAAAAGUUACAGUCCAAGAUCUCAAGCAUGCCAAGUUCACUUACCUUGCUCCAGAAUACCCUUGACGACUUACAUCAGGACGAGUUUAAACGCUUUAAGUCUUCUCUGAAAGACUUAAAACUGAACGGAUAUAGACCGAUUGCACGGAGUCACUUGGAAGACAGCAAGACCCGCACAGAAGUAGCGGACUCGAUGACAAAGCACUAUGAGGAAGAGGCAUUAAAUGUCACUCUUCAGAUUCUAGGGAGAAUCGAACACAAUGAACUGGCUGUCCGUCUGAAAAGGGAUAUGGGUUCACAAAUGAUGACCGCACAGGACCCCAAAAAGGAUUUGAGGAGAGAGACCAAUCAGGGUGAUAAAUUGAAAAACAUGUUAACUUGUGGAGGAAAUAUGAUGGACUACUAUGAUCAAUUUGUUAUUGUUGUGAACAAGUGUCACAGUGAGCAAAUAGAACAUCUACAGUUUCUGAGCAAGUUGAAAUUGUUCUGUGUCCUGGACUUUGAUCCUGACUCUGCAGCUCCUGGUGGCGUAUGCAGUUCAUACAGAGAAUCAAGAGUGGCAAAUCUCCAUCUCCCAGCCCAAUUCCAAGGCGAACCAAAUGUUGUGAUAAAAAAUCUCAACCUGUAUAAGCAGACCAGCUGGGUGUUUUGUAAUGGGAGGCAUGACCUUGACAGGGAAUCGGAUAGACAGCUGGACUACAAAGACUGGUUCAGGGGAAAACGCAGAGAGAUCGAGCAUAUGGUUUCAUUCAUUUGCAAACCUGAAGUUCUUCCAAAUGGAAGAACUCUUGUCAUAUUUCUUCUACUGUCACCUGUAUCUGAUAGAGAUCCUGUCUUUGAUACUUUCCUGGCAUUCUACUCACAUGCCGAGGAAAGCAUUGUGAGUAUUUGUGAAUCUAGGAGCACAUUUGAGAAAUGGAAAGACUUGAUACAGGAGAAAUGUGAGUCCGACAUCACCAGGCAAUCAAUAUUUGAAUUAACACUCGGUGAAGUCAAUGGUACUAUAAUGUCACUUGGACCACACAAUCAGCCAUCAGGAAGACUCCUUCCAUCUUCUGACUCCAGCACUGUUGUUCUCCAACAAAAGGAUGAAGACCGGAUGACAGCUCUAGACAUUUUGUGUCAGAAUGAAUGUGAGAAAGUCUAUGAUGAAAAUUGCACAGAGUUUCAAGACUUCAAAAUUAAAGUUGAAGAGGAGUUCUACAGAGGGGGUAAAGUCAACUGGUGGAACUUCUAUUUUUGUGAGAAACCCAAAGCAAAGCCUUUCAUUAGAAGAGACAAAUAUGACAAUCUGAAAAAGAUGGUGAAAUAUCAAGAUCCCAAAACCACAUGUGUUUUGCUGAAUUUGUUCCACCACCCAGGUUGCGGAGGCACCACCUUAGCCAUGCAUGUGAUGUGGGAUUUACGCAGAGAGUUCAGAUGUGCUGUGUUGAAGGACAAUACAUUACCAAAAGCUGAAGUGGCUUUUCAAGUCAAAAACCUAAUGAGGCUCGGGAGCCAGAAAUCCACACCAGUUCUGCUGUUAGUAGAUGACUCAAAGGAAGCAGAGAACACACAAGCUCUCCAGAACUGCAUUCGCCAAUCUUUUGAAGAGGAAAACACAAGCAGAACUGUAGAAGAUUCAUCAAACUCAAAAGUCAUUAUUGUGAGUUGUGUUCGUUGCCAUAACCCUGAGGACCAGUUCAAACACUGCUCAACAAACAGACUGCAGAUAACUGCUAAACUGACCAAAAAGGAACAAGAUGAUUUUGAGGAAAAACUGGUGGAACUUAAAGAAAGUCAUGAAAAACCUGAAAACUUCUACAGUUUUAUGAUCAUGAAGAGUAACUUUGACAAGAAGUACAUAGCUGAUGUUGUGAGCAACACUCUGAAAGACUUGGACAUGAGCACAAAGAAAGCUCAACUCCUUGCUUUCUUAGCACUGUUGAACUCAUAUGAUGCAGAAUCAGACAUAUCUAUGUCUCUCUGUGAGGAAUUUUUGGGGAUGAAAAGUUUGCGAAUGGCUUACUGGGGUGAAGAUCGUGUACUUGACAGAAUGGAGCCUUACUCCAAUUUGCUAAAACAAUUAAAUGUUGAGGAACGUGGAGGAUAUAAAGCAAUUCGAAUCCUUCAUCAUGAUAUAGCCUCUGCAUGUCUUGAAGAGUUGGACAGACGCUACAACAUUAAACGGAGUGAAAUAACCUUGGACAUGCUGCACUGUGAUAUAUUGUUCAAACCCUGUGUAGUAAAAGACACCCUCAUGCUAACAAUUCAACGCGUGCUAGUUGAAAGGCAGCGCAAAAGAGUUGGAGCGACUCAUUUUUCUCCAUUGAUAGAAAAGAUUCACAGUCAAGAGGGAGGACAAAACAUCCGAGACAUCUUUGUGAAAGCAUCUUCCCGGUUUGUUACAAGGGCAUCUAUUCCUCAAGCUCUUGCAAGGUAUCUCUACCUCUAUGAGCAAGAUUUUCCCCAAGCACUCAUUUGGGCAGUAAAGGCCAUGGGCGUCAAAGAAAACUCAUACACAGCUGAUACAGUUGGACAGGUUUACAAAAGUAAUCUUAAACAUAAUAUUCAGAGUGAAAAGCUAAAGACUCCACUCAAGCCAGAGGACUUUGAGACUAACCUAAAGAUAGCACAAAAAGCCUCAAAUGCCUUUCAAAUGGCUCAAAAGCUGGCCAUGAAGAAUGAAACGGAAGAGCAAACUGAUGAAAAUCUCACAAAAACAUCCUACAACACCUCUGGUUAUGUGGGAGAGAUGGAAACUACACUGACAGUCUUUGAAAUGAUAAGCAACCUGCCGUUCUUUGAAGGUACUGAUAAAGUGAAAAGGAUGUACAUGCAGAGCUUUCUGAAAGGAACAUUACCCAUCAAACAUGUGCCCAAAGAAGAUAACGAAAUCAACAGUAAAUAUGCUGAUAUUAUCAAAGAACAUACACAAUUUCUCCUUGCUUUGAAACCUCAGGUCAAGGAAGUUUUUGAAUUCUUCAAUGGUUACUUCACAUACAUAAAAGGAAACAAUACAGGAGAGCUUGAAUCAUUGAAUCAGAAGAAAAUCUCUGAUCAUUUCACCAGAUACAUAACACUGGUCUGCUCUUCCCCAGCGGAAAUAUUUAAAGAACGAGCGGACAAACCUGAACUCAGAUUAAGCGUGGAUAUUGAAGAGCAUAGGAUGUUUCUGGAGGAAAAGAAUGCAGACACCUUUGCAGGGAUACUUGCAAAGUUGCAUCAAAAGAUUGACAAGACUGCAGAGGAAGUGGAAAAAAUCACAGAAUGCUACACAUUCCUGCGCCAUAAUUCUGUGCAAAAUAGAAAAGUAGAAACCAAUUUCAUUUUGGUAAAUAUAAUUCUCCACACACUGAAGCCAAGAUCUAAACACGUGAAGAAACACAAUGAACUCAGUGAUAUUCUUAAGAAAACAUUGCAAGAUAUAGGAAUGCAACAUCCCUACCCAGAGCCAUACUAUCUGGCUUUGUUGUUGCUUUGGCCAGAUUCAAAUGCAGAAGACACCAAUAUAAGGGCAUAUGUGAACUCACUUGGGAAGUCAUCCCACAGGCAAAUGUCUUAUUUGUUGAGAAAGAGCAGCACCAUUGCUCACUUCUACUUGGGUCCAAAAAAAGGAUUACAAAGACUUGUAACUAAACCCAAACUUGAUGAGUGUUUUUCAUGCCUACCACGUGCUGAUUUGGCCCAACUUUGGCGGAGUGGAAACAUUUUUAAGGAGAGGGAAAUCGUUGACCGUCUCUAUAGGGUCAAUGGAACCGUUGAGCAAUCAGAACUUUAUGCCAAUUAUGGCAACCUCAAAAUCCCAGUUCGGCCAGCCUAUCUGGGUGGAAUAAGAAGUGGUUUCAGCACUGAAAAGGUGUCGUUCUUCUUAGGAUUUGCCAUAGAUGGACCACUUGCGUACGAUAUCAAGUAUGAAUAGGCUAUGAGAAGCCCAUGUUACAAAGGCCUCAAUGAUUCAACUGUAUGUUGCGGUCCAAGAGUGUGGUCAAUGGGGGAAGUAUGGAUUAACCACAACCUGACAAUCAAAAAAACAAGACACCAUCCAAAACACAUUUGCUUAAUGGAGGCAUGGAUAAUCAAUGCCAGAAACCCACUGAAAGAAAACAAAUCAGUCAGAAGAAGAAGUCCAAGCAUGUGGUGGAAAGCAGACCAGUGUCUACAGUCUACACACAGGCUGGAUAACAUCAGAGAGGUGACAUGCAGCGACCGAGACCUCCAAAUGGUUAUCAGCCACAUCCGAAAGGCUGGCCUCAGAGAAUAGCGCAGCUACCCUACUCGCUACAGGGAUACCACACAGCGAGAACUGGAUGGACUAGUGCUGUAUCAAGACGGGAUCGUCAUCCCAGCUUCACAAGAAGAAUAUGUUCUACAACCGAUACACAAAGGUCACAUGGGGCUGACAAAGUGCCCGAGAAAGACCCAAGAUGUCUGUGUGGUUGCCGGUCAUCAGCACCCACAAAGCAAGAAAAGUGACAUCAUGCAAGUUCUGUACAGAGAAUAAACCAACUCAAAAGAGAGGGCCACUUGUCAUGACACCUUUAUCUAAAAGGUCUGUGUCAGAAGAUCACGGUUGACCUGUGUGAGCAAUAGAGGGCAAGAAAUACCUUGAAGUGGUGGAAUACUUCUCCAGAGACAUAGACCAUCUACCAACUACCACAAGUGAGAUGGGGGAUUCCUACCAAACUCGUUAGCGGCAACGCUACCCAGUUUGUCUGUACUGAGUUAGACGAGUUCAGAAAGAAGUAUGGUUUCAUCCAUAUACCACCUCCAGCCUCUAUUACCUGCAGGCAAACGACGCUGCAGAAAAAGCUGUCAAACAGCUAAACAAAUUCUCAAACAACCAGCUUUGAUGUGCUACCGAGCCACGCCUCUCAGUGCAACGGGAGCAAACCAGCGCAACUCAUGACAGGACGGCAGAUCCGGAUGACCGUCCCCAUGCUGAAAAACUACAACCAAAGCACAUCAGCCACGAUAGUGUGAAACAUAAGGAUCAGAAAGUCAAACAAGCUUCUACAACAGGAGGUAUUCAGUGCGCCCCUUACCUGAACUAUACCCUUGACAGAGUGUAAGGGAACUAAUCUUUGGGGCGGCAGGUAACCUAGUGGUUAGAGCGUUGGGCCAGUAACCGAAAGGUUGCUAGAUCGAAUCCCUGAGCUGACAAGGUAAACAUCUGUCGUUCUGCCCCUGAACAAGGUAGUUAACCCACUGUUCCUAGGCCAUCAUUGUAAAUAAGAAUGUGUUCUUAACUGACUUGUUAAAUAAAGGUUAAAUAGAAUUUCACAAAAUAAGAGUCAAGCUGGACAGAGAGAAGGGAUGGAAAACACUAGCAGUGGUCAUCAGCAAAUAUCCAGAGUUGAGAUCCUACGUUGUUGAAACUUAACACGGCAACGUCGCUCAUCGAAACCGGCUGUACCAAAGUCACCCAGUCUACCAGUGAGAACAUUGCACAGGCCCUGUCUGUGAGCCAGACCACCAACAAGCCAGCCUCACCACAACCGGUGAGAAUGACCUCCUGAGGUUUAGAGACACUUGAGAAAACAACAACAUUGAGACAAAAUACUCUUUAAAUUCCGAAAGUACUGUUGCAGGGCAGAAUAGUCCCUAUGUUGCUGCGGACAAACUGCUGUCUACCGCAGUGUCCUAGUUGACACAGUUAUGAGAAUUGUUCAUGUGAAGAGCAAAAAAAGGGGGAAAAAUACAUGCUACUCUGAAAUAGUAAUUGUUUGUACUGAAACAGUCCACGAUCGUGAGUAUUUGUACUAGGAAAGGAGAAUUUUAUUGACUUUUGAUAUAUCUCAGAAACCGUAGCGAUGUCUGAUCUAUCUGGGAUUUAUUAGUUAGGCACAGCAUCAUUAACUGGGUGUUACUAACUAGCAGUGUCUGCUAAUAUGACAAACCUAGCAAAGAGUACUAGCAGAUAGUAGCUCUGUGGACUGCAUUUUAAGUUACCUGCCUUCUGAGUUAUUAAACCUAACUAAACUGGAUUGCUGCCUGCAUGGUUUCCAUUAGGAUACUUGUAGUAUAGGCUACUUUUUUCUGUUAAACAGCCACCAGACUACCAUGGAGGCAGAUGUUUUACUCUUCCAAUCCUCUGGGUUAUAUUUGGUAGACACUGCGAUUUAGUAAUAUGGUUCAAUACUUCUCUCUUACUUAUUGAGACAAGAAUGAGAAUUAUGUGUUUUACUCAGUGUGCAUAGGCGCCAGCACCAAACAACAAGUGUUCUUACUGGGGAGAGUGACGACUAAUGAGGUUACAGCCAGAUUUCGACCUCAGAGCUGUAUAUACUUUGAGUCUCUAGUCUUUGGAGAAACAUCCAGCGAUAUUGGAAAUGCUGAUGCAAUGAGGAGUUUAAAUUAUAUAUAUAUAUAUAGUCCUUUCAAUCUGGAUGUUGAAGAAUGUAAAAUAUCUGUGAAGUUUACAUCCUGCCAUCCUGGGAGAAACCAGGGAAGUAACUGCAGGAAUGAUGAAAGACUGUCAAGACGAGACAUUCUACGUGCUCCUGGAUGCAAUAUCCAGAAAUGCAGGAAAAUGCAUGUGAUGUCUAACAAGUAGAUUUGAGAAUGGAGAAUAAUGAAGUAUUGUGUGUGUGUGUGCAUUGUUAGUUUUGGCAUAUCAAGCUGAAAAAAAUGAAUAUGAAACGUUUUGUAUCAAGGUGACACUUAUCUUUAUGUUGCAGCAGGACUGUGAAUAUACAUAUCUAUUGUAAAUAUCUCAAUUUCACAGAUAUUGUACAUGUUGUAACAUUGUGGUAAUCAAUGUAAAUAACUGUAGGACCAACCGUACAAUUAUGUAAUGAGAAUAUUGUAUUAUGAGAGAAACUCAUACGAACAAGUACAGUUGUACAGGUAGAGAGAGAUUCUGCAGAUACGAAGGCCUGAAUAUUGAAAUGUAUUGUACGGUACGUGUUAUUCUCUAAUAUUGUUGAGUUACUUUCUUGUUUAUUUUGAUGGAUUAUAAACUAGAAUUGCUCCUGAGUAGAAAGGACUCCCUUUUGCUGCGACACAACGUACAGGCAAUUAUGUACUGUGCAAUAUGCAUGUCCCAAAAUGAAAAAUGUACUGGACACCGUGCAAUACGAAUGGGCUAAAUAACAAUGUGUUUAAAAUGUGUUUCCUAAAGUUCAUAAUUGUAAUAUUAUUAAUAAUAUUGUUAAUACUAUUAAGAAUAGCAUUGUUUUAUUUGUAUUACUGUUACUAUAAUCACUACUUGUAAUGCUGUUAACAAUAUUGUCAAUGCUAUAAUAUGAUUUGUGCUAUUAAAGGGGCAAUCAGCAGUUGUUACAUCCA